AAAUAUAAUGAUGUGACUGGAUAUCCCCUAGACCUUUUGGCUGUUAAAGGCCUGAUUGCCAUAGGAAAAAUUGCUUCCCAGUUUCAUUGAUUUUAUAGUUAUUUGCUGGAAAGAGAAGAAUUGAAAACAAGGGCACAGAGAGCAGAGUGUCCAUGUCACCUAAAUUCUGAUGUCUGACUUGGUCAGCCAGGAUGAUCUGGAUCCUCUUUCUGAAGGAAGGACCAGCACUGCUCUCUGAAAGGUCAACUUCUGCACUAGUUGAGAGAGUUUAGCUGGCAAACUAAGCUUAUUCAAGCAGAUGCCUGAAGUGUGAAUAAUCCUCAGAAAGCCGACCAAGCCUGCUGGGGCCUGGCAGAAAAAAGGCCUUGAUCAUUUUUUAUUUCACAAUGCCCACACUACUCUUAGUCACAAAUAGUUUCAGGGACACCAGCCCUAGUUUCAAGAGACCAGUUGUCUCCCUUUUUUCUCUGCUGUGGUAAGAUAACCAUGUCUCUGCCCUGCCUAAAGCUGCCAGCUUUGGGGUGCAGCUGUGCUUUCUCCUCCCUGGGCGUAGAAUUUAAAGUUGCCUGUAAAAGUUAAAAUCUUUCUCUCUUGUAGUUAACUGGAAGUAUACUCGAGUUGAAAAACAAUUAAGUUAUUGUUUUUGAAGUAAGAAACUAGAAGGUUCUUACAUAAAAUAUUUACUUUUCAUCUGUGAGGGCUAAAGUAAAUUAUUUAGAAAUAAUUUAAUAAAAAUGCUAUUAAAUUUAGCUAAAAUUACCAUGAAAAAGUUUGGAUAAAAUGAAGUAUGACUCAAAGUAUUUACUUACUCUUUAUGGAAAAUCUCAAGCUAAUUUCACAGAUGUGACUAAGUGUCACUCAGUGGGAAGUGGAAUUGCUGGCUCCCUUCUGUAUGACAAGGGAUACUCAGAUUCAAAUCUGUUUGCCUAAUCUGGAGCAGGAGUUUGAACCAGCAUCUUUUACCUCCCAGUGGUAGGCUACAGCAGUGGCUUGUUGGGUUUUUUUUAUUUCCUGUACAAAGACUUUUGUUUGGUAUAAAGUUUAUUGGCACAUUUUUUUUAAUUCUUAUUUUACUAUAGGAUAGUAAGGAGCCAUUAGGACCAGCAUUCCCUCUGUUUCCUCUGCUCAUUCUUGGUUUUGCCAAGGGGCACAGGAGUUGGUAAUUCUAGCCUUCUGCUUUUAUUGAAAAUGCCAAUGCAGUUUUCUUUUUCUCUUAUUUAUUAAGGAUUUUUAAAGCAGUCAUGGGUUUGCUUGGUUGGGGGAAUAAUUUUGGCAGAAUUGAGCAAAUAAUCAUUGCAGGGAAUUUAGUUGUUCAGAAUAAAGAGAUGCCUAGACUGGUAUUUAGAGUAGCAGAGGAGAUUAUUAUUUGAACUAGCUCUAUCCUUAGAAAUUCAGAGAAAAGAAAAAAGAUGUAAUGACUUUAAGAUUUGUUUCACCAAUGGAUGAGAUUACAUUUAUAUGCUUUUAGUUAGAGGUGGAAAAUCAGAACCUUCGCUUGAUCAACCAAAAGCAAACCAAAGAGAUGAAAACAGUACAAUCUAAACUGCAAGUGUCCAUGCUGGUGACAGGCAAUAAAUUAUGAACACGUGGUACUGUUUUAAGCAGUUUUACAGGUCAGAAGCUACUGGUAAGAAAUCUGUUACUUCAGCACAAAAACCUGGAGAAUGUCAGCGACUAAGCAGUUUGACUUUUGGAUGCUUUUCAAAUAGAGCAAGAAGUCCUCAACCAUCUCCAAAGCCUGAAGAAAUAAGCAAGGCUUCAUCUAAAGAGUCAGACUACCCUGAAGGCAAAAACACGCCAGAGAAGGAUAUCCUGGAAACUACCUUUGCUGGUCCUGUACACGAGACAAAUAAAGGUCAGAAGUCAUUGCAACAAAGUUCCUCUGGUUCAGAGCAGAAGAAAAAUAUGAGAACAAGCUGCUCAUCCAAAGACAUAGACAGUGACAUGUCAAAGAACUCAUGUACUACUGGGAGCGACUGGAGCUCAGAUGAGGAUGGGGGAGACAAUAAAGGACUGAAAUCCAGGUGUGCAUCAACUCUUUCAAGCCACACAUCUGAAGAGAACGCAGGGUACAGUAGAGUGGGAAGCGAAAUGUAUUUGACAGCAUCUGAUGACAGUAGUUCUCUCUUUGAAGAAGAGAGUUUUGAUGUUAAGAGGACUCAGCAAAAGAAGCUAUACUCAUGGCAGCAAGGGUCCCUAAGAAAAGGCCUGAGCAAUCCAGGUGGAAAGUGCAACUCUGACUUCACAAGGAAAAAGAAAGACCAAGAUAGUUCUUCGGAUGAACUGAAUAAGAAAUUUCAAUCACAGAGGCUUGAUUAUUCAUCCUCAUCCAGUGAGGCAAAUACUCCAAGUCCAAUUUUAACUCCUUCUCUGACACCCAAACACCCAAUUCUAGCAACUUCUGCAGGUUCUCCAUGCACAACUCCAUCAAAUUUUCCCUCAAAUUUGCCACAUCCAAAGAUACGGACUCCUAAUGUCUUUAGUCUAAAUUCAGUGUUAGCAAAGAAACACCUAAGCCAGCCCCAGCUGAGUUCUGACAGAAUGUUUGGUAAAAAUAGAAAUGCCAUAAGCAUGAUCCGUCCGUGGAGACCUCAGGAAACAGACAUAGAUCUGGUGGAUGGAGAAGAUACUGAUAUUUUAGAGAAAAUGGAGAUUAGCUGUGAUGAAGGAGUGUUUACCUAUGACACCACUGAAGCACAAAAUGCUGAAGCCCAAGAACUUUGUGAUACGACAAAAAAGGGUGCUAGCAACAAACCUCCAACGCCUCCAUUACAUCGAUUUCCUUCCUGGGAAAGUAGAAUUUAUGCUGUAGCCAAAUCUGGUUUAAGGAUGUCUGAAGCUUUCACCAUGGAAUCUCUUAAUAAAAAUGCUGUUUCACUGACUUCAUGCUCCAUAUCUGGAUUAUAUACUUCUCUGAUAUAUAAGAACAUGACCACUCCUGUCUACACCACUUUGAAAGGGAAAGCAACUCAAAUAAGCAACAGCCCAUUUCUGGAUGAGUCAUCAGGAUCUGAGGAAGAAGACAGCUCUCGGUCCAGCUCAAGGACUUCCGAGUCUGAUUCUCGAAGCAGGAGUGGUCCAGGGAGCCCUCGGGCUAUGAAACGAGGUGCAUCUCUGUCUUCUGUGACCUCAGAAAGUGACUAUGCUAUUCCUCCAGAUGCAUAUUCAGUAGAUACAGACUAUUCAGAGCCAGAGCAGAAACUUCCUAAGACCUCAUCCUCAUCUAGUGAUAAUGGAAAAAAUGAACCUUUGGAAAAAUCUGGAUAUCUGUUAAAAAUGGGUGGUAAAGUAAAGACCUGGAAACGACGGUGGUUUGUGCUUAAAGGAGGUGAAUUGCUGUAUUACAAAUCUCCAAGUGAUGUUAUUCGAAAGCCUCAAGGUCAAAUUGAGCUUAAUGCAUCCAGCCACAUUGAAAGGGGUGAUGGAAAACAAACAAUUCAGCUGACCACAGAGAAACGGAUAUACUACCUGACUGCAGAUUCCCCCAACAUCUUGGAGGAAUGGAUCAAAGUACUGCAGAAUGUUCUUAAAAUACAGGCUGCCAGCCCACUCUUUGUACAGUCUGAAAUCAAGCCAACCAUGAAAGGAUUACUUACGAAGGUGAAACAUGGAUAUUCCAAAAGGGUUUGGUGUACCCUAGUUGGAAAAAUCUUGUAUUAUUUCCGUAAUCAAGAAGACAAGUUUCCUCUUGGUCAAAUCAAGCUUUUUGAGGCAAAGGUUGAAGAAGUUGAUAGGUCCUGUGAUUCUGAUGAAGAUUAUGAAGCCAGUGGUCGCAGUUUGUUAUCAACCCAUUACACUGUUGUUAUCCACCCCAAAGACCAAGGACCCACUUAUCUUCUUAUAGGAUCCAAACACGAGAAGGACACAUGGCUUUAUCAUCUGACAGUUGCAGCUGGAAGUACCAGUGUAAAUGUUGGAUCUGAGUUUGAACAACUUCUUUGCAAAUUAUUAAAUGUGGAAGGUGAUGCCACUUCUCAAAUUUGGAGACAUCCUACCCUUUGCCAUAGCAAAGAAGGAAUUACUUCCCCUCUUACAACAUUGCCAUCAGAAGCCUUGCAAACUGAAGCAAUUAAAUUAUUUAAGACCUGCCAGUUGUUUAUAAAUGCUGCAGUUGACUCUCCUGCCAUUGAUUACCAUGUAUCUUUGGCCCAAAGUGCUUUGCAGAUCUGCCUCACACAUCCUGAACUUCAAAAUGAGAUCUGUUGCCAGCUUAUUAAACAGACCAGGCGUCGACAUCCACAAAACCAAGCAGGACCAAUACAGGGCUUGCAGCUCUUGGCCCUCUGUGUUGGACUCUUCCUGCCCCAGCAUCCAUUCCUUUGGCUUCUUAAACUUCACUUAAAGAAGAAUGCAGAUUCCAGGACUGAAUUUGGGAAAUACGCUAUAUAUUGCCAGCGCUGUGUAGAACGGACCCAGCAGAAUGGAGACCGAGAAGCCAGACCUUCCAGAAUGGAAAUCCUUUCCACUCUCCUGAGAAAUCCCUACCACCAUUCCCUGCCCUUCAGUAUUCCAGUUCAUUUCAUGAACGGCAUAUAUCAGGUUGUUGGGUUUGAUGCCUCUACUACAGUAGAGGAAUUUCUGAACACUCUGAACCAAGACACAGGGAUGAGGAAACCAGCUCAGUCAGGAUUUGCACUGUUUUCUGAUGAUCCCUCUGGCAAGGAUAUAGAGCACUGUCUUCAAGGAAACAUCAAGAUCUGUGACAUUAUUUCAAAAUGGGAGCAAGCCUCCAAAGAACAACAGCCCGGGAAAUGUGAAGGCACAAGGACUGUCCGCCUUACUUACAAAAACAGGCUUUAUUUUUCAGUUCAAGUUCAUGGGGAGACAGACAGAGAGAAGCUGCUGCUAGUGUAUCAGACAAAUGAUCAAAUAGUCAAUGGACUUUUCCCUGUAAACAAAGAAUUAGCAAUGGAAUUGACAGCCCUUUUAGCUCAGGUAGAGAUUGGAGAUUUUGAAAGGCCUUUCUCAACUCCAGCAGGACAAGUCAAUUCCCAGUCCAAGUCCAACCAAACACUAAAGCAAGUUUUGGAGAGAUUCUACCCUAAGAGAUACAAGCAAGGUUGUUCAGAUGAACAGUUAAGACAGCUUUGCCAGCGACUGUCGACAAGAUGGAUGGCUCUCCGUGGGCACAGUGCCGCAGACUGCGUGCGCAUUUACCUCACCGUGGCCAGGAAAUGGCCUUUCUUUGGGGCUAAAUUGUUUGCAGCAAAACCUCUAGCAACAGCCUCAGUUGAGAAGUCCUUCAUAUGGUUUGCUGUCCAUGAAGACGGCAUAAGCAUCCUGGACUACAGCUCCAUGCGACUGACUGUUACAUACACAUACAAGAGCCUGAUGACUUUUGGAGGCUAUCAAGAUGAUUUUAUGCUGGUUGUUAACAAUGCUCAGACAAAGGAGAAAUCAACUGAAAAACACCUAUUUGCCAUGACAAAGCCAAAGAUUCUUGAGAUCACUCUACUGAUUGCCAGCUACAUUAACAACUUUCAUCAGGUGAAAGGAGCUGCUCAUCACCUCUCUGCUCCAGCAUUACUGGCACCUCAGAGUGGACAGAAACUCAAGGAAAUGGGGAGCCAGCCACUUCUUGCAAUCAACAGACCAACUAAAUGUCCCACUUUGUUAUGAAAGGAUUAUGUAUCAUAAUAACUCAUCCUUGUUAGAGGGUUUCUACGUGGACUGAAAACCUUCUGAUGUACAAGAUGUAGAGCAUAAGCAGCUCCAUAAACAAAAGGAAGGUGGACAGGUUUACAUUCAUUCAGUUGCAUAUAAAAGGAGUACCCCUUAAAUUAAAGCUCUGGCCUGAGUUGGAAAGAUGUUGAGUCAGUUUAAGGGUUAUGAUUGAGUGGGGGUUGCUUGUGCCUACAGCUCAGAAAAAUACAUCUGUUUAUAAUGAUGCAGAAAGGUGUCAUUGGAAAAAACUGUAUAGAUUUUACAGUUUUACAGAUAUAAUCUCAGGGACCAAAGUGUCUUCAACUCUUCAUCUCUUAUUUUUCAAAAUUAGACCAGCUUUAUAACUUUCAUUUUGAAAAGGGAUUUUUGUUUAGAAAAGCAGUCAAACACAAAAUACUUUUCACUUCCAGCACCAUCCUUAUUUGCAACAGAAGCAUCAUGGGACUAAAAGGAACAAAUUGUGUAUAACUGUUUCUACUUUGGAAAAAAAACCAAAACACAAACACAUAAGCACAUAAUGUAACUAUUACAAAUUUAAACAGCAUUGUCAUGAUACACUCUAGCCCUUGUUAUACAGCUGUUUUACUUGGCAAAUCUUCAGCCGUGGUCUGGUGAAUUUCUAAAUAAACCUCUGUUCCAGCCUUUUGAAAAAAAUCUAAAUUGGAUAGGCACUGUAUUUAUUACAGUUUUGUUAAACAACACCCUUACCUCAUUUCUCCUUUAAUCCAGAAUAAUAAUAUAAUAUAGAUAGCAAGAACAACUCACAAUUCAAAACACAAGAACAACACAGAAAACCAUUGACUGAAAUGUUGUGAAUAAACUUGGAGACCUAAAAUUCAUGUACAAUAUGUAUAAUGUAUAUACAUUGAGUCUGAAUAAUA